ACCUUAAACUCACCUCAGAAGAAGACGAGCUGCGGGAUCGCAGUUUUGUUUCUGUCUGUUUUUUUGAGGAUGUUCUUUAAAACCUGAGGUAAGUUAAACUGAUGUGCUGUAAUGAGACAAACAGGGAUAUUAAAUUAAAAUAAAAACACACACAAACUCAUUUAUUUCUUCAUAUUUGCUGAACUGUUGUUUAUUAACGAGUCUCCAGCCAGGUGAUAAUUAUGUAGUGAUGAUAAUGUAGUUUAACACUUUAACUCUGGGCCUCAUGCAUCAGCGCUUUAGUAAAGUUUCUGUAUAAAUGUUUGUAAAAAAAAACCUUCCACUGGAUUUCCUUCAUACUUGUGCUUCAUACUUGAGCUCUCAAGUUUUGAAGACAGGCAAGAGUGACAUUUCCAACCCCCCAGCACCCCCCAUUCUAUUUAUUGUGUUUGUUUGUUUGUUUGUGUGUGUGUUUGUUUGUUUGUUUGUGUGUGUGUGUGUGUGUGUGUGUGUGUGUGUGUGUGUGUGUGUGUGUGUGUGUGUGUUAGAGAGAGAGAGAGAGAGAGAGAGAGAGAGUAUGACUGGUGGUGUUUAUUGUAAGUGUUUGUUGCCUUUUUGGACUCCUUUAUCAUUUGUAAUGUUGCUCCCAUAUAAAACAGUUCAGCACAAGCCCAGACAUUUAUAGGGUCAUGAUUGAGGACAAUGUCCCGUCCAGAGAUGAGCUGUUUCGUGUUGAGGUUUUGUUCAAACUGACCAUCGAAAAAUACCUUCUCUAAUGAAUGUUUUUUAUUCAUUGGUUGUUGCGUUAAAUCUUACCCAGAUACAAUAGUGCUAUUUUCUGAUUGGCUAUUGUGUAGCCUCUUUUUUUUGAUUGGUUGAUAAGUGUCAGGCUCGACUAAGUACUCCAGGGGAGACGCGCUUGAUUCCUGCCCGGUUCCAUAGAGACAGCGGUCCGGACAGAUACGUUUUGGGCGCUCCGGAUUAUUAUAUAUGAUAAAUAGUCAAAAAGUUUUCUGCGUGACAAAUACAAUGUGUGGAGGGAGUGUCACGUUAAUGCGUGAUACUUGACAGCCCUGCUUGUGUAUCUGUUGAACAUCGUUAAUCACGUGUGAAGUGCAAAGACAUCCACCAGAAAGCUCAUUUUCAUAUAGUGAUGCCCACCAGACAGCUCAUUUGCAUAUAGUGAUGCCCACAAAACUCCAUAAAAGGUCAUGUGCACAAACAGAUGGGAGGGUGAAAUGAACACUCGGGGUAAAGUCUGAAAAAAGGAAGUGAGUUAUUUACACUCUUAUUUGACAAAUAAAUAUUUAAUCAUAUGUAAUGCCAACGCUAAAUCUAGUGUUCAGUUUAUACACCUGCAUUACUUUUGUCAUAAUAAAAUUAAUUGUUUUAUUUCUCUUUAUUUACAGAUUUGUGUCGGCUCACAUAACACUUUCCGAUUGUCUCAAUGUAGCUGCUUGGGUGAACUAGCAUGAGGAUGUGUUUUUGAUCAAUGCUCCAUAUCUGUGGACCUGGGUGUCUGCUAAAUGCUAUAAACACAAGAGCAAUAAGUUAUUUAAUCUCUAAAACAUAUUCCAGAUAUUAAAGUGCAAUAAUCCAUGUAGAUUAUAUAUUAUUAGUGUUUGCAUUAGUAUGUUGACAUUUUUCAAAAACUAUAUAAAACAAACAGGGAAAAUAAGUGCUAGUUCAAGUGUUUUCUUGAAGAGGUAGGUUUUAAUCCGUCCUUUGAAGAUAUCCAGUGACUCAGCUGUCCGGACCCCUAGGGGAAGUUCAUUCCACCACCUUGGUGCAGAACAGAAAAUAGUCUUGUAGUAAACUUACCUCUCACCCUGAGAGAUGUUGGGACCAGUGGAACAGUGCUGUAGAUCUGAGGGUGUGAGGUGCAGUGUGAGGAGUGAUUAGGGCUUUGAGGUAAGAGGGAGAUGGUCCAUUUUUGGCUUUGUAGACAAUCAUCAGUGUUUAAAUCUGAUGUGUUCAGCUACAGGAGUCAGUGGAGGAUCACAGCAGUGUGGUGGUGUGGAGAACUUAGGCAGGUUGAGGGGACAAAUUGUGUUCAUAGUUAGACCUGAAGGGAGAGAGCUGUAGUAGUCCAGUCUCCAAAUGGCAAGAGACUGAACGAGUACCUGAGCAGCCUGUGUGGAUAAAAAUGGCCAAAUCCUUCUCAUGUUGUACAGAGGAAACAGACAUGAGCGAGUCACAAUAAUAACAUGCGAGGAAUAGGACAGUUGAUUGUCCUGGCCUGGGUGAUGAAUCACCUUGCAUGACCAGCCCUUCCACCUUAUGAGCAGUCAUCCAUGACAAAAUGUCCUCCAGUCAUGCUGAGAUCUGAGAAGAAGCCGUGGUAUUUGAGGGAGGGAAAGAGAAUUUUUCUCAGGAACAGCCAAAAGCAUAGUCUCUGUGGAAUGUGGCACUGUAAAGCCAGACUGUUGGGAUCUUGGAGGUUGUUUUGUGAGAGACAGACAGACAGUUGAUGAUAAACAAUGUGUUCAAGAAUAUUCGAAAGAAAAGAGAGAAGUGAUACCAGUCUGUGGUUACUGAUGUCUGAGGGAUUCAGAAUAAGUUUCUCUUUAUAAUUGAGUGGAAUCUUUAAGUGUGAUUUUUUUUUUUCUGUCCAUGGAUUCUCCAAUGAUUUUGAAACUAUUUUUUUAACAAUAGGUUAUUGAUUUGAACCUAUUAUUUCCAUAUAAUGGAAUCAUCAGAGGUUCCACUGGGCUGUUGCAGAAACUCUCUCUACACUCCUACUCACUCACAGCUUUGUGAUGAUGUACAGACAGAAACAUGUACAGCUUCAGGCGGAGACCCUUUGGGACCCGUCGACCCCACAGACCAUCAGAAACAUAUAAAAAAGGAAGAAUCUGAGGAUGAAGACUACCUCUGUAGAUGGACUUCAGUUGCUGCGAAAGGCUUCACACCUAUGGAUGAACACAAACAUGUAAUAAAGGAAGAAUUUGAAGUUGAAGACUUCUACCACUGUAAAGGAACAUCAAACCCCAUGGGCCACUGCUCAGCUGAGGAUGAACAGAGUGGUGGAAAUAAGCAUAUAAAAGAGGAAGAGCAUGAUGAAGGAGACUACAUCUGUACAAGAGUCUGUGAGCCCCAAUUAAAAGACCUCUCCUGCUCCUGGUGUUCCCUUUCCUACACAUCUGAAAUUUACCUCCAGAAACACAUCAGACAAUGGCAUGAUGAUGAAUAUCAGAGACUCAUAAUAUCAGGAGAAUUAAAAAAUGGGAAUCUGCCCAGUCAUAAACAAACCGUCUCUGAAUGCCUGAACAGAAGCGUGUCUCACAGACAGAAAGAAGCGUAUCCCUGUUCAGUGUGCGGUAAGAGUUUUUCUCAACAGAGCAACCUCCAACGACAUCAGCGCAUUCACACAGGAGAAAAACCUCAUAACUGCUCAGAGUGCGGGAAAACCUUCGCUCAUAAAUGUAAUCUUCAACGACACCAGCGCAUUCACGGCCAAGGGAAGAACUACAGCUGCUUGGUGUGCGGGAAGAGUUUUGCCCAACAGAGUUACCUGCAGCAACACCAGGUCAUACAUACAGGACAGAAACCGUAUCAGUGCUCAGAGUGCGGGAAGAGUUUUAUUCGACAGAGUGAUCUCCAGCAGCACCUAGUGAUCCACACAGGAGAAAAGCCACACUGCUGCUCAGAGUGUGGGAAGAGUUUUAUCAGACAGAGUCAUCUCCUCCGACACCAGAGGACUCACACGGGAGAGAAGCCGUAUCGCUGCUCGGAGUGCGGGAAGAGAUUUGCCCAGCAGAGUUAUCUCCAACAACACCAGCGUGUUCACACGGGAGAGAAGCCAUACCGCUGCUCACAGUGUGGGAAGAGCUUUAUUCGACACGGUAACCUCCAAGAUCAUCAGCUCGUUCACAUAGACGUGAAACCGUAUUGCUGCUCAGAGUGUGGCAAGAGUUUUAUCCGACAGAGCGAACUCCAAGCACACCAGUGCAUCCACACGGGAGAGAAGCCGUAUCCAUGCUCAGACUGCGGAAAGCGUUUUAGAGGCAAGAGGCAUCUCAAAGCACAUCAAGUCAUUCACACAGCGGAGAAGCCUUAUUAUUGUACAGGGUGCAGGAAGAGUUUUAUCAGACAAAGCGAUCUCCAAAACCACCCAUGUCUUCACACGGAGGAGAAGCCGUACCACUGCUUUACACUGUGGGAAGAGUUUUAUUCCACCGAAUGCUCCUGAUACGUUCACACAGGACAGGUGAAAUUUCACUGCUCAGUGUGAGAGAAAAACUCAGAUUGUCAGUCAUCGUUUCUAAUAUUCCUUUAGUUUUCUUAUUCUUGAUAAUAUUGAUGUUACUCUGAUGCAUUUAAGAUAACUUUACUGACAAGGAGCCCUGACUUCUAAGUGAUAGAUGUCACAUUAUCAUGUUGGCAUGAUUUGUUUAGAAUAUUUAGAUAUAAUAGUACUGUAUAUUUCUGUGUGUUUGUAUAAAGUUUUAUAGUAAAUCAUGUAUUUAUAUUGUAUAAAGACCAGUGAGUGUAGGAAUUGGAUGUCAUGACAUAUGACCACUUUUAUUAUAAAUAAUAAUAUAAAGCAAUGACUGGAUUUUGAUCUCGGGUUCUCCCCGCCUUAAUCAUAAGUUAUUAUAGCAGGUUGCUUAAUCAUCAUAUUUAUACAAUAUCGCAGAAAGUUCCUAAAGAUUUUCACAUUCCAGAUAAUAAAAAGAAGUUACAGCCCUAUUAUUUAAUACCACCACCACCAGCCACCAUGGCCAACAGUUAUAAUAUAAGUGUCUGUGUGCUGUAUCUUCACCCAAACCCUGCUCCAGCACGACAAUGUCCCUGUGUACAAAGCAGCUCCACAAAGACCUGGAGGUUGGAGUGAAGAACUCAAGUGUCCUGCACUGAAGUUGACUCUGACUCAAAAACCCGAGUCUCCUCAACAUCCCAACAUCAGGGUCUGAUCUCACUGAUGCUCUUGUAGACGAAUGAAAGCAAAUCCACACAAAGACACAAUCCAACAUCUAUUGGAAAGACUUCAAGAGGAGAAGAAGCGUGGAGCUGAUUAUAACAUGAUGUAUUUGGAAUAAAGCCUUUCACUUUCUCCAAGUUAUAACACAUCAUACAGUCAUUUCCUCACCAGCCCCUGUCUUUCCUCUUCUUUUGAAGCUAAAAAUAAUAAAAAUAUUCAUUGAUAAACUGAAAAUCAUAAACUUUUAAAAGAUCUAUAGUGAAAACUACCGUGGUGGAAAAUUUAAAGCUUUAUCUUCAAUAGAUUCUGUCCAUAAACAAUAAACAGUGUUUACAAUGUCAA